CCGACUUAUACGGUUACACACGGGCGGAGAUACUUACGAGAGGAUGAACGGAUGGGGAUCUCUCCAAGAAUAUGAUCCGAAUUUUUUCAGGGUAGACGAGAGCUGGACUAACAUGAAGAUUAAUAAGCGAAAGAAACAUAGGUGGUGUUUUGUGAAAAUAAUGAUAAAAGACCGUGCAUUUAAGGGGGACCCUCCGGAGAAUAUUGAAGAGGUACCAUACAGGCCACUAACUAGCUAUUUUAAUCAUGCUUGGAAGGGUUUAUACAGGCGGGCUGCGCAAGUUGUAGACUACCUAAUUAGCUAUGAGCCUAGCGUUACCACCACUACAAAGAAUUUUACUCAUUGCAUUAACAAGCAUAACGAGCAGUACCUGCAAGACAUUAGUAGGAUUAUGGAAGAGAAUAACUUGGAAUUCGUUGAGGCCAUGAAGAGAGUGCCCCCAAUAAGAAUAAGGACACAUGACGUUAAAGAUUUUUUCACAGCGUGUAACACAGACUUAGCCUUGGAAUUUAUACAAAGCAGGAUGUCACAUUAUAAAGCACAAGGCUUCAACUAUUUCAAGAUAGAAGAUGAGAAGUCAUUUCUUAAGCGUCUACAGGUACACGACACUACUAGAAAGCAAAUAAUUAGGUGGAGCACGGUCGUUGAUUUCGGUAUAGAGAAACCGAGGCGAGGGAUUACACUACAAAAGUCAAAACCAGCAAGGGGGACAUGGAUAUCAUUCAAGGGACUAAUUGCUAUACUGAAGCACGACCUGGGCCAUGUUUUUAUUAGAUCUAGUGGCGGAAUCUAUAGACAGACGUCGGGUGGACCCAUGGGAUCUCCUACCAUGUGCGCAGUGGCCAACUCUUUCGGCUGUAGCGAAGAGAGAAGAUGGAGACUUAAUAAUAGAAGCACUGUUUUACCUAGACUACACAAGCGAUACGUUGAUGACAGUUUCUCGAUCACAUAUCUGCGCCCGAAUAUUCUUGAUAUAUUCCCUGACUACUCUGGGUGCAAACUAAAAGAAACCUCAGAGGACAAGGAGUUUCUUGGGCUAGAAAUAGGAUUAUUGCAUGAAAGAUUUAUAACUCUGAGACCCAAACCACAACAACAGUGGAAGGUUAUCCCCGAGGGUACUACCAUCACCCCACAGCAAAAGAAGGGCCUGGACAGGGGUAGACUAGUACGUAUUAAACUAAACAGCACCCAUUUGCAACCGGAACUUUAGAGUUUAGCAGCAGUUUUUUCAAAAAUUCUUUUAAG